AUGGGAUCAAGUCGGCGAUCAUCAGUUGUUUUAUAUCACUGCAGUCUCGCUGUUUUCCACACCGCUCAUCUCUCUCGGUUCUUCCAGGCGUCCCGAUGUGUGUGCCGUCGCCCCUGUGCCGGCGGGAGCGCCAUGCCUGACCGCGACAGCUCCUACCUGUCGGGCGGCAGCAGCAGCAGCGCGGGGUCUGGCCUGGGCGACGAGGGCUGUCCUGUGUCGACGGCGGGGUCUGGGGGGAUGGGGGGAGGCGGGGCGCUCGGCAACAGCUGCAGCAAUGGUGAUGGCAGGGGGCAGAGUCAAGGUGCAGGCACAGACGGCGUGUGCCGGGACUUCAUACGCAAUGUGUGCAAGCGCGGCAAACGCUGUCGGUUCCGACACCCCGAGAUCAACAACGUCCCUGACCUGGGCGUGCAGAAGAACGAGUUCAUCUUCUGCCAUGACAACCAGAACAAGGAGUGCCUGCGCGCCAACUGCCGCUUUGUGCACGGCUCCAAAGACGAUGAAGAUUACUACAAGAAAACUGGGGAACUCCCGCCGAGGCUGAGGGGGAAAGUGGCAGCGCGGCUUGGAUUAUCACCGCUGGAUUUGCCUCACAGUCGCGGCGAGGUCCCGAUCUGCAGAGACUUCCUUAAGGGUGAAUGCCAACGCGGGAACACGUGUAAGUUCCGGCACGUUAAGAAGGACUACGAAUACGACACCAACCGAUCUGGCGGUGUGAUCGGAUCGGCGUCUGGGAUGAUGGUGAACGGUGUUGGCGGGAUGGGCGUAGGAGGAGGGGGAGGCGGGGUAAAUUACGUCGGGGGAAUACCAGGGUUGGUCGGGGGAAGCGCCAACAACAUGAUGGGAAUGGGCUGCGCGAGCAUGGGCGGGUGCAGAGACCCGGUAAUCUCUGGUUUGGGCGUGAGUGGCGGUGGCAUGAGCGCAUAUGCGUCGCUGGGGCAGUCAGGGCAGAGGCGGUACGAUCGGGGCGCUGUGUACGACCCACUGAUGGAGAGCAGCCUGUUUGAGACCGGGUCUCUAGAAGCAUCUGUGGAGCACGCUACAAUGCAGAUCAAGCGCAGGCGCCUGGACGGACUGCGACUGAGCGACCCCGCUGUGGGGCACUAUGACCUCGGCGUGCAGGCCACGCUCCAGCCUCGGCCGCUCGAGUACCGGUUUCUGGAGGAGGAGAACGCUCUGCUGCGGAAGAGGGUGGACGAGCUCAAGAAACAGGUCUCAAACCUCGCUGCCACUAAUGAAGUGCUGCUGGAUCAGAACGCUCAGUUCCGUAACCAGGCCAAAGUCCUGAGCCUCACUUCCACCCCUGGCCCCUCGGAGCAGAGCAUGGCGCCCCCUGUGGGCUCUGUGAGCUCCUACAACCACAGCAUCGCCCAGACUCACACCACGCUCAGCAGCGCGGGACUGCAGCCGCGAGCCGUCAUCCAGCAGGACAUGGUGGCUUCUACUGGAGCUCCCACGGCUCAGCCCUCCAACGCGGCUCCUCCCACGGCCCCUCCCCCCCACAUGAACCCCGACAUCACCCCCAUGUCCGCCGCACUGGCUCAGACCAUCGCCCAAGGCCUGGCUCCUCCUGUCUCCAUGGCGCCUGUGGCCGUGUCCAUUGCGCCAGUGGCCGUGUCCAUGACGCAGGCUCUUCCGGUGAUCACCAUGAGCCACGCCACCACGCCCAUGGUGUCCUACCCCAUCGCCAGCCAGAGCAUGCGCAUCACCACGCUGCCGCACUGA